AUGGCACAGAUUGAGGUUGAAAGGUUGUUUGACUAUGCCAUGAGAGGCCAGUGGAGAGAAGUUUUAGAGGCCUAUGAGAAAAACCCUGAAGCUUUAGAGGCUAAGAUCACAAAAGCAGAAGACACUGUGUUACAAAUUGCUGUCUAUGUAGGCCAAACCACCUUUGUCUCAACUCUGCUUGAUAAUAUCAGUGAAGAGGUGUCUCGCCACAUCAUAUAUAUGCAAAACUCAAAGGGAAACACUCCCUUACAUGUAGCAGCAGAGUUAGGGAAUGUGGACAUUUGCAACAGCAUAGCCAAAAGAGAUCCUAACCUCAUUUCUGUUCGUAACUUAGAAGGUGAGACCCCUCUUUUCUUGGCAGCUAUUCAUGGUAAGAGAGAAGCAUUUUUUUGUCUCCAUGGCCACCAACAAAGCCAUGAUGAUGACUCUUUGUCCAGAAAAAGCAACGGGGACACAAUUCUUCAUUGUACCAUAUCCUCUGAACACUUUGGUUUGGCACUUCAAAUAAUUGGCUUGUACCCAAACCUUGUGAAUUAUGUAAACCAAGAUGGGUUAUCACCUCUGCACAUUCUUGCUGGCAAGCCUAAUUGUUUCAGAAGCAGCACACGGAUGGUGUUGCUUGAACGUAUUAUCUAUAAUUGUUUGAUUGUUGAUGAGCUCAAGGAGGAAACAUAUGAGCUACGUAAUAAUGGAGCAGACACAGAGACUAAUCAUCACUAUCCAAAGAACUAUGGAACAUGUGUGAGCUUCUUAUGUUCGUUGAAGGAAGCAUUUAAAGUUACAACAAUAGGAAAACAUGGAAAUGCUACAACUAAUGAUGAAGAGAAUAAUAUCUCGCAAAGAUCCUACCUCAGACAUGAGCAAGAGCAAGUAAAGAAAGAAAAGAAACGCUACCAGUUCCCUCCCAAUUGGGAAGUCAUAAUCCGAUUGCUAAUCCUUACAAUGAAGGCCUUGCUAGUCAUUUUUGGUGUUGGAUCAUCUUGGAUUGAUAAAAUCCAAAGAAGAAAGGAGAAACAUAUCCGGGCUAAGCAAGUGAUGAAUGAAUUGAUUCAACGUGCUUCUUUAUACAAGUAUGAUCAUACUGGAAUGAAUCCUUAUGCUAAUCAGAAUGAUAAUGGCAGAGGAAACAUUAAGAGUAUGGAGGCACCUAUUUUGAUUGCAGCAAAGAUGGGAGUGACCGAAAUGGUUGAAAAGAUCCUAGAUACUUACCCGGUGGCUAUCUAUGAUGUGACCUAUGAUAACAAGAAUGUUGUUCUUUUGGCCAUAGAGAAUAGGCAACCUCAUGUUUAUAGUCUCUUGAAUAAGAGGAGUUUAAUCAAGGAAAGUGCAUUUAGCCAAGUAGAUAAACAAGGUAACAGUGCAUUACACCUUGCUGCCACAUAUAGGAGCCAUAAGCCUUGGCGUGUCCCUGGUGCUGCAAUGCAAAUGCAGUGGGAAUACAAAUGGUAUAAGCUUGUUAAGAACUCCAUGCCACCAAAUUUCUAUGAACGUUACAAUAAGAACGGGCAAACAGCAAAACAGAUCUUCAUCAAAACACAUGGACCACUAGUGAAAGAAGGUAGUAAAUGGCUUACCAAAACCUCAGAAUCAUGCUCAGUGGUUGCAGCACUUGUGGCAACUGUUGCAUUCACAACCUCAACAGCUAUACCAGGUGGUCCAGAUCAAGAAACUGGUAUACCAUUAUUGAGAGGAGAACCUCCUUUCAAUGUAUUUGCGAUAGCAUCACUUGUUGCACUUUGCUCCUCUGUCACAGCCCUCAUUUUAUUCCUUUCAAUACUCACAUCUCGGUAUCAAGAAAAGGAUUUUGUUGUGGACUUACCAAGAAAGCUUCUUCUGGGAUUGACAACACUCUUCACAUCUAUAGCAUCUGUUUUGGUCUCAUUCUGUGCAGGACACUUCUUUAUCAUUGAAGAUAAGCUCAAAUAUGCAGUUUAUCCCAUAUAUGCUGUAACAUGUUUGCCUGUAACAUUUUUUGCCCUCGUCCAACUCCCCCUUUACUUUGAUCUUACUUUGGCUAUAUUUAGGAAGGUUCCUCAGCGCAGCUAUAAGGCAGUGUUAGAUACAUGGAGGGGCUAG